CAUGCAGCUUUUUCCCUAACAAACGACGCUAGUCACACUGACACUCACACGCCCGCACCAUAACAAAGCGAAAACAAAAGGCUCGGCGAAAGCAAUGCGCCUCUUGACUUCAUCGGCGAGGCAAGGCAAGCAGCCAAAGCAUCAGCAUCUCCUGAAUUCCCUCUGUCACUCUCCCAACAACAUUUACUAAAUCCUAUUCUCUCUUAUACUUCAAGCCUCCCUUCCUCCUCCACUUCAAAAUCUCAACUUUGAUGCUCUUCUUCUUCUUAUUCUUAUCACUGUUGAACCUUCAAUUCCGCUACAACCCAAUAGACCCACUGCAAUGUAUGGCCAAGAUCCCUGGUUUUCCAGCCUGAUCAAAUCCGACCCGUCCGAUCAUCCUUUCCCCAGCGGCGGCUUGUUUCUCGAUCAAACGGUUUCGCCUUCCUUUGUUUCUUUGGUUUCCUCGAAGAGGAAUGAGUGUUCGGUUUCGUGCUCUCUGAGUUUGAGGGCUUCCCGGCGGGGAAAUGGUGGGUUCUUAGCGGUGAGUUUGUCGAUAAAGGAGGGGGGCGACGAAGGGUACAUUGGGGAAUCUGGAGAAAGGUUGGGACAGAACGGAAAUAAGAAUUUGGAGGAGGAUGAAUCAUCAGAGCAGGUGGUAUCCGCGGAGGAGAAGUCGAAGGAGAAGAUUAAAGAGCGGGGAUCAGGUGCUUUGAAUACCACCAAGCAUCUCUGGGCUGGAGCUGUUGCUGCUAUGGUUUCAAGAACAUUUGUUGCGCCACUUGAGAGACUAAAGCUGGAAUAUAUAGUUCGUGGGGAACAGAAGAAUCUUUUCGAGCUCAUCAAGACCAUAGCGGCUACUCAAGGGCUGAAAGGUUUCUGGAAAGGGAAUUUUGUCAAUAUUCUUCGCACAGCUCCUUUUAAGGCCAUCAAUUUCUAUGCCUAUGAUACCUACAGAAAUGAGUUGCUGAAAAUAACCGGGAAUAAAGAAACUACAAACUUUGAAAGGUUUCUUGCAGGCGCUACUGCUGGGAUUACUGCAACCUUACUUUGCUUGCCAAUGGACACUAUAAGGACGAAGAUGGUAGCUCCCGGUGGAGAAGCAUUAGGUGGGGUGAUUGGCACUUUCCGCCACAUGAUCCAAGCUGAAGGGUUCUUCUCUCUAUAUAAGGGUUUACUGCCUUCAAUUGUAAGCAUGGCUCCUUCGGGUGCAGUCUUUUAUGGAGUUUAUGAUAUUUUAAAAAUGGCUUAUCUCCAUUCACCAGAAGGAAGAAAGAGAAUUGAAAACAUGAAACAAGGUCAGGACCUAAAUGCAUUAGAUCAAAUGGAGCUAGGUCCCGUUAGGACACUGCUGUAUGGGGCAAUAGCUGGUGCUUGUGCUGAAGCAGCAACAUAUCCCUUUGAAGUAGUGAGGAGACAGCUCCAAAUGCAGGUUCGAGCAACAAAGUUAAGUACUUUGGCGACUUGUGUCAAAAUAGUUGAGCAAGGAGGUAUUCCUGCUUUAUAUGCUGGAUUAGUUCCUAGCUUAUUGCAGGUUUUGCCAUCAGCUGCCAUAAGUUACUUUGUGUACGAGUUCAUGAAGAUUGUUCUCAAGGUAGAAUGAGCAUGAGCACAUACUCCAAUACACAUUCGAUUGGGCCUCACAGAGUCUGAAACUGGUGCGAUGAACAUUUUUUCUUGUCCUUCUGUGUUCUUCACCUUAGGCAACUGAUAGAGAGAACCCUUUUUAAGUCUUUACCUCCAACUUUUAUGUAGGAAAAGAAUAUUUGUCGAAAUUCCACUUGUUAUGAGAGAAAAAUAAGAAGAAAAAACAGUUCAUUUAUAUUUCUCUUUGCUGGUCUUUAAUGGUUACAAGUUUUCUCUACAUGCAAAAA